GUGAGCGUCUCCUUAAAUAAAAGCCAAACACACUCAGCAGACGUCUUUGUGUUUGAACAUUUCGCACAGACAGAACUACAACAUUCACACUUCACACCGCUCAGGAAAUGGUUUGGAUGAAGACUUGGGUUGUGUUUCUCACCGCAGCUGUUGUGUGUGCGGUGUGCGCGGCUCAACAUGACUGCUGGCGCGGGGCGUGUUACCCGCCGUCGGGUGAUCUUCUGAUGGGCAGAGAACAGAACCUCAGGGCGUCUUCCACCUGCGGUCUGAUGGGUUCUGAGGUGGUCUGCACUCCUCACGGUCAGUGGAAGAUGAAAUGUUGUCCAUGUGACUCACGUUACCCCGGGGCGUAUAACGCUCACACCAUCCAGAACGUGAUCUCCGGCUCUGGACCCACAAGAUGGUGGCAGUCAAAGAAAGAUGAGAACCCUGUGACUCUUCAGCUGGAUCUGAGCGGAAUGUAUCAGCUGGAAACGCUCUUUCUCUCUUUCAAGGGCCCGAGACCCCACGCUCUGGUCAUCGAGAGAACCAGGGAUUUCGGGCGCACCUGGCAACCCGUCCUGUACAUGGCCACAGACUGCCCGUCUGCUUUUCCUCAAGUGGACACCUCACUUCCUCGCAGCCUCGAUGACACCUACUGUUACGCCCUGCCGCCCACCGCCGACGACCCCUACAGAGAUCAGAAGGUUCAUUAUUAUCCUGUACGUCAGUAUGAAAACAUUAAUCUGCCAAACGACCAUAAGAUUGAAGUUUUAUCUGGUUUUACUGGUCUGCGCGUGAAUCUGACUCAGUUGGGUCCAGUGCCCAGUAUGCCGGGUCGCAGUCUGAGUCAGUUUUACGCCCUGAGAGAGAUGAGGGUGAUCGGGUCAUGCUUCUGUCAUGGACACGCCAAUCGCUGUCUCCCUGACAACACCGACAACUAUCUGUCCAACACACAGGUUGGAGGAGUGUGUGACUGUCAGCACAACACAGCAGGUGUGAACUGUGAGCGAUGUGAUGACUCGUACAAUGACCUGCCGUGGAGACCAGCGGAGAGCGAGAACACACACACAUGCAAACGUUGUGAAUGUAAUAAUCACGCAGGGCGCUGUCGCUUUGACCCGGUGAGAUACGAGGCGACGGGUCGCAGGAGUGGAGGUGUGUGUGACGGCUGCAUGCAUCACACAACAGGACCAAACUGUGACCGCUGCGUGCCCAAUUACUACCCAAACCCACUGAGUAACAUGCAGAGCCCGGACGCAUGCCUGCGUUGUCAGUGUAACUCGGCCGGCUCUCUGAACUCGGGUCAGUGUGAUGCUGUGACGGGGCGUUGUGUGUGUAAAGCUCAUGUGGAGGGUGAGAACUGUGACCGCUGUAAAGCUGGAUACUACAGCCUCAAUGCCAACAACCCCGACGGCUGCUCCAGGUGUUUGUGUAGGUCUGAGGGUGCAAUCAGCGGUGUGUGUGAUCAGCUGACGGGUCAGUGUGUGUGUCGGCCUCAUGUGGAGGGUCUGAUGUGUGAUCGCUGCGCUGCUGGAUACUGGAACCCAAAAUCACCCAACGGCUGCCAACCGUGUGACUGUGACCCCACCAACUCCCGCAGCUCCACCUGCGACCAGCUCACUGGUCAGUGUCAGUGUCGUUAUGGUUUCGGGGGCCGGACCUGCAGCGGUUGCCCCGACAACACAUACGGGGAUUCUCUUCUUGGCUGCCGUCCGUGUGAGUGCGACCUCUCGGGCUCAGAGCCGGGCGGCUGUGAUAAGCGCACAGGUGCGUGUCGCUGUAAACCGGGCGUUACCGGCGCCCGCUGUGACACCUGCAGACGCGGUCACUGCGCCAGUUUCCCACAAUGCCCGGCGUGUCCCGACUGCUUCUUCACCCUGAACACACACCUGCUGAACCUCACGCUGGUUCUGGAGCGUCUCUCCAACUAUCAGAUCCCUCACAGCGGUGGAACCCCGUCAGGAGAACUCAGUCAGAAGAUCAGAACCAUACAGAACACACUCAGACAGAUCCAGGACUCCAUGACUGUACCGCCACCGUCCGGCAGCACACUCACUGAAACCCUGGAGAAACUCGACACGCUCAGGUCUCAGGUGAAGGGUCUGAAGGAAGAUGUGUCACCCCGGCCGUCAGAUCCAGAUCUGGAGCGACGUUUAGAUGACCUGCAGGACUUACUGGCAUCUAUACGACUGGAGUAUUUCACUAAGAGAGACGCUUUCAAUAACACAGCCGGAUCCAACAACGGCAGCACCUUCUACACCAUCCAGAACUCAUACGACACGUCAACAGAUGCCAUCAAAAAGGCCGAAGCCGCUGAGAAACCCCUGAAUAACGCCAGCGAGAUCAGAGAAAACGCCUUGAAGGAUCUGAACAGACUUCAGCCGCUUAACACCAGAGAUCUGCUGAAACUGAAGGAGGAUCUGGCAACCCGGCCGGAUCUGAGACCCGCUGCGCAGAAGGUGUGUGGCAGCACUCGUGUGGAGCCGUGUACUCCUCAGAAGUGUAACGGUGAUGUGUGUCCUCCCGCUGGAGCGCCCCCGUGUGGAGCGGAGGAGACCUGCGUCGGAGCGCUUCCCAAUGCUAAUAAAGCUUUACAGAACUCAGACGAAGUGAAAGACAAAUUGCAGGAUCUCAACGACAAGAUCACACAAGCGCUAACACAGAUACAGGAAGCUGAAGAUUCAGCCAAUAAGGCGAGACUGUCCACAGACCAACUGGCCAAUCAGAUUAAACAGGUGCGUGCUGAUGUAGACGGAGAUCUGAAGGACUCUAAAGACUUCAUCAAUACACUCAGAGACUUCCUGUCGGCUCCUCACUCUGAUCCGGAUGAGGUUGAGCGUGUGUGUGAGGAGGUGUUAGACGCCAAGUUUCCUCUCAGCAUGGAGAAUCUGAAGCAGAAACUCAAGGAGAUGCAGGACCUGGCGUCUUCUCUUCCCGACAGCAGCAGAAUCCUGGAGUCCACCAAACCUGAGCUGGAGAAAGCCCGGAAACUUCUGGAGGAGGCUCAGAACGCACGAGACGCCGCCUUCGGCAUACAACAGGACGCUGAGGGCGUGCUCAAGUCCAUGGACGAAAACAAUGAAAUUUUUAAUGACCUGGAGGACAAAAUCCAACAGGGUCUGGACAUUGCCAAGAACGUCAAGGAGGACGUCGGAAAGAUUGAGGAAACGUUAGCUCCUGCGGAGAAGGGGAUUGUGAGUAUUACAGAGCUGGUGGAUGAGAUGCGCCCCCUGCUGGACGCUCUGAAGAAAGACUUUCAGACAGGAACAGGACUGGCCAAUGACGCUGAGGAUCAGGCCAACGCCGCUCAGGACGAGGCCGAACAGGCUGCAAAGGACCUGGAAGCGUUGAAGGAUGAGAUCGAGAAGCUCAGACAGGCGGCAGCAGAGAACACUGAGGUCGGUGAAGUUGGAGAUCGUCUGACGAAACUUGGGGAGGAGGCGUCUUCACUCACCUCCGAAACUGCAAACAUCACCACCGCUCUGAGAGAUAAAGAAGCGGCGAUACAGCAGGCCACAGAAGAGCUCGAGGAGAAAGCCAUGAUACUCAGCGGCCUGGACGAUAAAGUGAAGGGACUCAGAGAUGAUAUUCGGCAGAAAGUCAGACAACUGAGCUUGUGUCAGGGCUGAUGUUAUCACACACAUUUGUCGAACCGUUAAUAAAGAUAUUAUUGACGCUAGACUGUAUACACAAUAAUGUCUAAUUAAAUAUUCUAGAGAUGUAAAAUAUUGAACGGUUGAGCGCAUUGCAUUGUGGGAUUGCUCUGCUGUUGUCUGCACAUUCUGUCUGGAAAUGAUUAUCUAGAAGCAUACAGAAGAGCAAAUCAAACAUCCAGUACAGAGUAAAUCAUUUUUAUUAUUUGACAUUUUAUUUCACACAGAUGAACAUCAGUGUCUGUAUUUAUUCCAAAACACACUCCGCAAGCCCAUAAAUCAGCUGCUUAUAUGUGUUACAAUCAUCACAUAUGACAUAUAGAUGUCAUGAGACUAGAACAGUGAGUGAGGAAAAAAUAAAACUCUUUUUCUGUCG